CGGUAAGACCGGACGGCAAGGUUCCGUGAUCAGAAGACUGGACUAGACUAGACUAGACUAGACUAGACUCGAAUAGAAAUAGCAUCUGACAGGUCUGCGAGUACUGUGGAAACAUUGAGGAUCGUAAACAGGCGUGUGUUGUCCUGCCCCUGUGAGGCCCGUGUGUGGAUCACUGCAGUCUUUCAGAUGUUCUUCUGUCCCGCACUGUGACCCGAAAAUCUGUUUCUACACCUGUUAGAGCGCGGAUGUGCUCUGCUUCUGCUCUGUGUGGAUUUAUUGAGACGGGAAAGGGAUUAAAACUCAAUUAACGGCACAAUGAAGGAGAAAUCAAGGACAGCGGCGAGGACUAGACGCGAGAAGGAGAACAGCGAGUUUUACGAGCUCGCCAAAAUGUUGCCGUUACCGUCAGCCAUCACGUCUCAGCUGGACAAAGCGUCGAUCAUCCGACUGACCUGCAGCUACCUGAAGAUGCGUGUGGUGUUCCCGCAAGGUUUGGGAGAGGCCUGGGGUCAGGCGAGUCGAAUCAGAUCUUUACAUAACACGGCCCAUGAGCUCGGAUCGCAUUUUCUGCAGGUAAUAAUCAGCAAGAUGCUCCAGACGUUAGACGGGUUUAUUUUUGUGGUCGCUGCAGAUGGAAAGAUCAUGUACAUUUCUGAGACGGCGUCAGUUCACUUGGGCCUCUCACAGGUAGAGUUGACCGGGAACAGUAUUUAUGAAUAUGUUCAUCCAGCCGAUCAUGAUGAGAUGGCCGCGGUUCUCACGCCACAACCGACAUACCACUCUCACUUUGUCCAAGAGUACGAAGUGGAGCGGUCAUUCUUCUUGAGAAUGAAAUGUGUUUUGGCUAAACGGAAUGCAGGACUGACGAGUGGAGGAUAUAAGGUCAUCCACUGCAGCGGGUAUCUAAAGGUCAGGCAGUUCAGUUUGGACUCUUCGCCAUUUGACAGCUGUUUUCAGAAUGUGGGUCUGGUCGCCGUGGGACACACAUUACCGCCCAGCGCCAUCACGGAGAUCAAACUGCACAGCAACAUGUUCAUGUUCAGGGCCAGUCUGGAUAUGAAGCUCAUUUUUCUGGACUCAAGGGUUUCAGAGCUUACAGGAUAUGAGCCACAGGACCUGAUUGAGAAAACCCUGUAUCAUCAUGUGCACAGCUGUGACACCUUCCACCUGCGCUGUGCUCAUCACCUCUUACUAGUUAAAGGGCAGGUCACCACUAAGUAUUAUCGUUUCCUGUCUAAGCAUGGCGGAUGGGUUUGGGUCCAGAGUUACGCUACAAUUGUACACAACAGUCGCUCUUCGCGGCCACACUGCAUCGUCAGCGUCAAUUAUGUCCUCACGGAUACAGAAUAUAAGGGAACAAUGCUGUCUUUGGACCAGUUGAAUCCCAGUAAACCUGCAUUCCCGUACAGUAAGCCUAGUGACCGAGAAGACCGACUGAAGGGCAAACCAAAAGUGUCAAACACCAGGAGUAAAAUCUUGGUUUCUCCUUAUCCACAGUUUUCAGCCUUCCACCGUGAUCGCUCCGAAUCUGACCACGACAGCCAAUGGGGCGGGAGCCCUCAGACAGACUCCGCCUCUCCGCAGCGACUGGAUCAGAGCGAGGCGUCAGAACCCGUUUACACUUACAGACACUUUCCUGAGUCCAGUCCGCUGUGUUACGGCCUUUCUCAGGGUGAAAUGAUGCAUGCAGCCUCACACACCUGUCAGCAAACACACACACACACACACACACACGCUGCGCUGUGUGACCCUCAUGCUGCCCGCUGUCAGGGCGGGCGUUACGUCCUGGAGCAGAGCGGGCGAGAGUGCUGGUGGGAUGCCACACGCUCUGUUCCGGCUCUUACAAAAGCAACACAACCCAACAGAGGAGAGUUUGAUGACAGAACUUACCAUCAUUCUCACGCUCACUGGGACGACGAGCAAAUGGUCGAUUCUCCUGAAGAAGGGUCAUUGGAUGAUUCUGUAGACAGUUGCCAUGACAACAGGAUGUUUCACGCUAGCCUGUGGGAGUCCAAUAAAAUUAAAGUGGAGGACGACAGAAUGAUGGACCACCCCUCUGCCGUCCUUUUCUCCUCCACUCCUGGUGUGGUCUGCCGAGCUCCCGGCGCUCACCUCAUACUGUGUCGAGAUGCCAUGACAACAGGUUCCCAUGACGACGAGGAUGGAAGCCCCGCCUCUCUCUCGGGUCUGAGCAGUCCGGGGUCAGACAGACUGUCUCACGAGUACCGGCGGCCACUGUCGGUCUCUCCACACGUGGGCAUCCAGGCGCAGGGCAGCCCGCUGCUGUAUCACUCCCAAGAUAGGGAGCCCGUCACUGGGCAUGCACACUCAGGCCGACCCCUCACCGGAUGCAGCAUGGAGCCGCUCAACGGGGCUGAAAGCUUGAGGGGUUUUCCCGCUCAUUAUGAUUCCAACUCACACGAACACUUACAGACGAACGCCACGCACGCCCACAACGGCACAUCAGUCAUUAUCACCAAUGGCAGCUGACUGGAACACUAGGAAAACUGUUCGGAAUUCCAUACUACCAUUCUACUCUUACUUUUGAUGCAGUGCAUGCAAAUUUUCUGUAUACAUAGAAUACCAGAAUGACCUUCUACAUUUGCUACUACUGCCAAAAGUUUUACACCAUAUUGGAUUAAAAAUGCAAAAUAAUAAUUUUAAAUUCCAAAAUGACGAUGCCCCUCAACAUGAUGAAAACAAGGUCAUGUUGUAACAAUGUGGCAUACUACUGUUGGGGAUGUUUAUCAUGCACUAAUGCCUUGUUUCAUUUAAUAUAAAAGAAAAACACACUAUAGGCAGUAUACAGUACAUACUACACAGUAUUCAGUAAGUAGUAAGCUAGUGUUUCAUUCUGAACACAGCACAUGUUUUUGUGGCUACAGGAUGGUUUUUCUUCUGCUCAGUGCUGGACAAGAACAGCUGCUUAAAAACUGAAAUAAAGAAAAUGUAAAUAAUGAGGAAAAAAAUAACCUCCUAAUUUUAAUCAGUAGAUGAAAUGUAUGGAUGUGUUUACAUGACAAUGUUCUGGUUUUGUUUAAUAUUUGCACGGAUGUGAAAGUGAAUCUUGCUGUCAAGAACAUGUCCUGGUCAUAUUAAACCCCAAAGUCAAAAAUUAUAUUUUGCUUAAAGAUUUUUGCAUUGUGACAUACCUGUAAUUUUCACGACAACUAAGCGCAUAUAUUACUUAAUUUGUACAGUAUUUAUACAUCAUGGUAUCAUUUGUUGUACUGUGUUAAAUGUUGAUCUUAAAGAAAUAUUUUAGGUUCAAAACAAGUUCAUCUCAAUCGACAGCAUUUGUAGCAUAAUGUUGAUUACCACAAAAAAUAUUUUCGAGUCGUCCCUCAUUUACUUAAAAAUAGCAGUUCCAGUGAGACACUUACAAUGGAAGUCAAUG